AUGAGAGAUGAUUCUUCGACAACAAGUCCAUCAAGUUCUGGAGGUCAGGGAGACACAACAUCUGAUUCAAUAUCACCCCAGCUACAAACAUACCUAUCAGAUCGUACUGGAGGUCAGGUGGACCAGGUCGCCCUCCAUCAGCAGUAUACUGCACAGCUAGAGGAAAAAUUACGGGACAGAGACCAGUAUUGGGAACAAAAAAUUGACGAAUUGAAACUUUCACUUGCCUCCAUUCAAGGUGAAGAAGCAUUGGCAGCUCAAACGGUAGCUAGAACAGCUCAGGCAGAAGCAGCUAAAGCUACAAUAGAGAGGGAUCAAGCUCAGAAACAGCUAAAUGAUCUUAAGAUAAGAUUAGCGAUAGCUGAAAAUGCACAAGAUCGACUUGAUACACUAAAUGAGGAGUUAGAGGAAUCAAGGCGCCUGUGGGCCCGGGAACGUGCGGAGCUGACGGCAGCGCUUAGCGCAGCGGAUGCUCGUACGAGAGACCUGGCUGAUGAACUGCAACUUCUAAAAGCUGCACUGCCUCUCUCUCAUCCGAAACAUCAUAUGCAUGACGAUGACAAACGUGAGAUGCAAGUAACAGGAUGUGACGAUUACGACCGUGUCUGUCGAGAAAAGGCCGUGCUGUCGCGACAGCUCCAGGAAGCACGGAUGGUGCUGGCUGAUGUCAAGACUUCGUGGAGUGCUCAGAUUGCUUCACUAGAGACCCAGUUGGCCCGAUUGUCGCGUCAAGCAGGAGAAGAAGGAGCAGAGAGGAGAAGAGUGGAAAACGAGAAGAGAGAAUUACAGCAGAAUCUUUUAGAAUUAUCCGCUGACCUCGAAAAGACUAGACAAAAUCUGGCUAAUAGUGAGGCUAAGGUGGUGCGAUUGAACGGGGAGGUGCAUACUUUGGCCAUGGAAGUGAAGACUUUGCGCAACUCAGCGAGCGGCGCGGCCAUAAAACAAAGUACACUAAACUCGUCACGUGAGCUAUAUCUUUCUGCUUUAGAGGACGAUACGUGUGAUAUUCUUAAUUGCCACCGCAAAGAUAGAGUAAUGGAUUUAGAGAGAGAAAUCGAAGAUUUGACAGCGCAGAAUGAAGGAUUAACGAAGGCGUUGCAAGAAGAACGUAACGUAGUCAGCGGAUUGCGGGAAAAACUCGAAGAUCAGGCCAGGAUAUGCGAUGAACAGAAAGCCGAGCUGAAUCAUUUGAACUCAGUUAUGACUGAUAUGCAGCACGACUACAUCGAUUUACAGAGGAAGCUGGAUAAGGAAAGAAGAGAAAAGGACGAAGCUCUAUUAAGAAACGCCCAUAUCUCGCAGAACGUUGAGAAAGGCUUGUGUAAUGUUAGAUUUCUUGAAUCGGAGUCAAUCGACCUUAAAACUAAGAUAACCGAGUUAGAGGCAAUCAUAGCUCAGCAUAAAGAGAAUCAAGCGGCCUGUAUGUUAAUAAAGGAAAGCGAAGAAACCAAAGACAAAGAAAUAGAGGAUCUCAAGCAACAACUAGAAGGGUUAAAAGACAGUGAGUCGACUCUUAAGAAAACUGUACAAGACUUAGAAGCUGAAAUCUGUGAUAGAAAUAAGAAAAUUAAAACCUUAGACAAUAGAAUAUCGGACAUGAAAAAGACGUUACAAAGAGAAUUGCAAAGCAGCAAAUCAGAUCUUUCGUCAGCUGAAGAGCAGGAUAUUAGUAGACGAUACUUGAAGCACGUAGUACUUCGUUUCCUGACGGCGCGUGAGUUGGAAGCGCGACAGUUAACUCGGGCGCUAUCGGUUCUCCUUCGGCUGUCCGCGCACGAAGAGGCAUUACUUAGAGCUGCGCUACCAGCCCGCUCCGGAAUCUCUGGUUGGUUUCCAGCUCUUAACACUUGA